GAAAGUGGAUUUCGUUUGUUUGGUACGGCUAAUAAAUGACAGACAGUGAAAGUGAGCAGUUUGCCGAUUCUAGGGAGGAUAUCUUCGACAUUUCUUUAAAAAUGGAGUCAGUUUUACAACCACCACCGCCAUUUUCGUUCGAGAAUAAUCUAGUGAAUGUGACUUCCGGAAAUCUAAGUACUGAGUGGGACAAUUGGAAGAAAUCUUUUAAAAUCUAUUACGAAGCAUGUGAACUUUCAGCGAAACCUAAAAAAGUGCAAGUCAAUAUAUUGUUGCAUGUAAUCGGAACCAAAUGUCGAGAGGUGUACGAGCAAUUUACAAACGACGACACGGAUACGGUGGACGGCUUGCUAAAAAAGUUUGAUGCGUUUUUUGUUCCGGUAAAGAAUUUGGCAGUCGAAAGGCAUACAUUUUUUAAAAGAGAUCAGAAGGACUUAGAGUCAACCGAGCAGUACAUUUUUGAAUUAAAUAAAAUAGCUGCUAAAUGCGAGUUUGGAGAUUUACGUGAUGGAUUACUGUGCAGCAGGUUCAUAUGUGGUGUGAGAGAAGUGACGCUUUCGGAACGGAUGCUGAGGGAACCGGACAUUACAUUAAAGAAAGCAAUGGAUAUAUGCAAGUUAGCGGAGAUGUCAAAAAUGCAGGCAUUAAAUAUAAAAACAAAUAGUGUCGAACAGCACGUACACGAAGUUUCACAAAACAAUAAUCAAUCGGGAACUACAACCUGUGACGUGCAUGUAGUAAACAGACGUUAUGCCUCAGCCGCCAUAAACCGCCCGCGCCGGCCGCCACACACACCGAUGCGAUCAAACGCGCCCAGCGGUGCUCGGGAGCAUCAGACAUAUCAUAACAGAUCGUCAUUUUCCACUCCUAACCCCAGAGAGAGGACGUUUAAUCGUUAUAACAAUUCAUCACCGCAAGCAACGUCAAGUGAACCGCAGAGAACUUUUAACGGCUGUAGUAAUUGCGGUCAUGCACACAGAAGGAUGGAGUGCCCCGCGUUCGGAGUACGGUGUAACAGUUGUAAUCGGACGAAUCACUAUGCGAGAAUGUGUCGAUCGUCGCGUCGAGUGUACGAAAUACAGGAGGACUCCACCGAUCAGAGAAUGUUGAUGCGUUUAUAUCCAUACACGUUUACAUUAGUGUACAAGCCAGGCAAAUAUUUGUAUAUCGCGGACGCACUAUCGCGUGCACCUGCACCGAACGCAGGCACGCCCCUUCCCCCGCUCGACCAUCUGGAAGCGCAGGCGCAAGACAGUGCGACCUCCUGA